AUGGCCAGUUCGUCUUUCUCGUCAUCUAUACAAUCCUACAGCGAGCCGUUCACAGAGGAACAAGAAAUGGCGCUUUACAGGAGUAUAAAAAUGGUCAGGUUACGUCUGAAAUUUUUCAACGGGAUGGGAAGUACAUACGUUGACGCGAAUCCGCGCUUCUCGCUGAAGAGAAAUAUUUUGAAUCUGUUGCAGAAUCUGCAAGACAUUCGGAAAGCUACGCACGACAUUAAUCUGAAAUUUAAAAGUAUACAGGAAGAGAUGCGCGUCACGGCCGCCCUAACAAAGUUAAAUAAAGCAUUUAUUAAUCAUAUUUCAGGAUAUGAAUCGCCGAGUAAUCCAUAUUUCGGUGCCACCGUCGGACGAGUCGCAAAUCGGAUUGGCAAAGCAACUUUUGUCGUGAACGGCCAACGUUACAAUGUGUCGAAGAAUAUAGGUGAGGACAGCCUCCACGGUGGUACUCACGGUUGGAGCUUCAAAGUGUGGAACGCCACAAUUGUUGGCAAUCGCGUGGUGAUGACUUUGGUCAGUCCGGAUGGCGACGAGGGCUAUCCAGGAUCGGUAACUGCGACAGUCAGCUUUCAACUGAGCGACGAUGGAGAACUCCGCGUAAAGAUGAAAGCCAAGUCCGGAAGAGCGACGCCGAUUAAUUUGACGAAUCACAGCUACUUCAAUCUCGCUGGACACGCUACAAAUGCGGCAGAACUAUAUAAGCAUGUGUUUACGCUGAACGCUGAUCGCUGGACUGUCACGGACUCCGGGAGUAUUCCUACCGGCGAGAUUAGGUCGGUUGAUAACAGCGUAAUGGAUCUCAGGACCCCGACGAUCCUCGGUGAUGUCAUCGACAAAGUACCGGGCGGCGGUUACGACUAUAACUUCUGCUUGCCAGAGCCGUACGAUGACAGGAAAACUAGUUUCGUCGCCAAAGUAUUGCAUCCAGCUUCAGGACGUUACUUGGAGGUGUACUCGAAUCAACCGGGCGUUCAACUUUACACAUCCAACUCUAUACCCGAGAGGAACGAAACUGGUAUCGCGGGCAAAAACGGAGCGCGGUACUUCAGACAUGCCGCUUUCUGCUUGGAAACGCAAAAUUAUCCUGACGCUGUAAAUCACAAAAACUUCCCCAACAGCAUAUUGCGACCAGGCGAUAUAUACAAUCACAUUGUCGUGUACAAAUUUGGAGUGGAAAAUUAAUGCAUUUCCAUCUUCUGCUACAAACUCUUCGGAAGUUGAGAGACAAAUAUUCAUAUAAAUAUUAUAAAUAAUAAGAAAGCUUGUGUGUCUGUGUGUAUCGUUGAUUUACUGCAAUCAUUAUA